AUGACAGAGCCAGAGUCUUCUCGAUCGAGACCAGAAGGGGCCUAUGAUGUCUUCUUGAGUUUUAAAGGAGAAGAUACUCGCAAGACAUUUACAGAUCAUCUCUAUACUGCCUUAGUCCAAGCAGGAAUCCACACUUUUCGAGAUGAUGAUGAACUUCCGAGGGGAGAAGAAAUCCCCGAUCAUCUCCUCAGGGCAAUUCAAGAAUCAAAGAUAUCCAUAGUUGUUUUCUCAAAAGGAUAUGCUUCUUCUAGAUGGUGUCUCAAUGAACUUGUAGAGAUUCUUAAGUGCAAAAAUGGGAAAACGGGUCAGAUUGUUCUUCCUAUAUUUUAUGACAUUGAUCCUUCAGAUGUGAGAAAACAGAAUGACAGUUUUGCAGAAGCAUAUAUUAAACAUGAAAAGCGUUUUGAAGAGAAGUUGGUGAAGGAGUGGAGAAAAGCUCUUGAGGAGGCUGGAAAUCUAUCUGGAUGGAAUCUCGAUGAUAUGGCAAAUGGGCAUGAAGCAAAAUUUAUCAAAGAGAUUAUCAAGGAUGUGUUGAAUAAAUUAGAUCCCAGGUACUUAUAUGUUCCUGAGCACCUAGUAGGUAUGGAUCGGCGUGCUCACAAUAUUUUUUACUUUCUAAGUACUGCAAGAGAUGAUGUACGCAUUGCGGGCAUACAUGGGAUGCCAGGAAUAGGAAAGACGACUAUAGCAAAAGUCGUAUUUAAUCAACUCUGCUAUGGAUUCGAGGGAAGCUGUUUUCUUUUGAAUAUCAAUGAAACAUCAAAACAAUUUAAUGGUCUGGCUCUUUUACAAAAGCAGCUUCUUCACGAUAUUUUAAAACAGGAUGCUGCAAACAUCAAUUGUGAUGAUAGAGGAAAGGUUCUGAUCAAAGAACGACUUUGUCUCAAAAGAGUUCUUGUUGUUGCUGAUGAUGUGGCUCGUCAGGACCAGCUAAAUGCUUUGAUGGGAGAGCGAAGUUGGUUUGGUCCCGGAAGUAGAGUAAUUAUUACAACAAGAGAUUCAAAUCUUCUUCGUAAAGCGGAUCGAACAUAUCAAAUUGAAGAAUUGACAAGAGAUCAGUCCCUUCAGCUUUUCAGCUGGCAUGCCUUUAAGGACACCAAGCCAGCAGAAGAUUAUAUUGAGCUUUCGAAGAAUGUAGUUGAUUACUGUGGAGGACUUCCUUUAGCUCUCGAGGUUAUAGGAGCUUGUCUUUCCGGGGAAGAAAAAUAUAUAUGGAAAAGUGAAAUUGACAAAUUGAGAAGAAUUCCAAAACACGAUAUUCAAGGAAAGCUUAGAAUAAGUUUUGACGCACUGGACGGUGAAGAACUACAAAAUGCAUUCCUUGAUAUUGCAUGCUUCUUUAUUGAUAUAAAGAAAGAGUAUGUCGCAAAAGUGCUAGGAGCCCGUUGCGGUUACGAUCCAGAAGUUGAUUUGGAAACUCUCCGUAAAAGGUCUCUGAUUAAAGUUAAUUCCAUUGGGGAGAUAACCAUGCAUGAUCUAUUACGAGACAUGGGAAGGGAGGUCGUUCGUGAAUCGUCUCCAAAAGAACCUGGAAAGAGGACCAGAAUUUGGAAUCAAGAGGAUGCAUGGAAUGUACUUGAGCAGCAGAAGGGUACGGAUGUUGUAGAGGGUCUAGCACUCAGAGCAUCAGAAGCUAAAUCAAUUAGCGCCGGAUCAUUUGCAAAAAUGAAAAGCUUAAAUUUACUCCAAAUCAAUGGAGUACAUCUCAUCGGAUCCUUCAAAUUGCUUUCUAAAGAGUUGAUGUGGAUUUAUUGGCUUCAAUGUCCUUUGGAUUAUUUACCAUCUGAUUUUACCUUUUACAAUCUAGCUGUUCUUGAUAUGCAGUAUAGUAACCUCAAAGAACUAUGGAAGGGAGAAAAGAUUCUCAAUAAGCUAAAAAUCAUUAAUCUCAGUCAUUCUCAGAAUCUUAUUAAAACACCAAACUUGCACAGUUCAAGUCUAGAGAAACUAAUUCUAGAAGGUUGCUCGAGUUUAGUUGAGGUAUGUUGGAGUCUGAAGAUUCUUCCUGAAAGCAUUGGCAAUGUAAAGUCUCUUGAGAGUUUGAAUAUUUCUGGAUGUUCACAACUUGAGAAAUUACCAGAACGCAUGGGUGAUAUGGAAUUCUUAACUGAGCUGCUAGCGGAUGAGAUUGAAAAUGAGCAAUUUCUCUCUUUAAUUGGACAAUUAAAGUAUGUCAGAAGGUUAUCAUUGUGUGGAUACAGUUUCCGCCAGGACUCACCAUCACCUAUAUCCUGGGUUUCCCAAAUUUCAUCAUGGCUUUCACCGUCGUCUACAUCAAUUUCUUCUUUUAUUUCAGCUUUCGUCGAUUGGAGAUCAGUGAAAAGUCUUAAACUUCCUGAUGGUGGUUUGUCUGAUCGCGCAACUAACCGUGUUGAUUUUAGAGGUUUGUCCGCUCUAGAAGUAUUGGAUCUAUCAGGAAACAAAUUAUCUAGCCUGCCUUAUGGGAUCGGCUUCCUUGCCAAGCUAGAGACAUUGAUUGUUCAGGGAUGCAAAUAUCUUGUAUCAAUCCUAGAUCUUCCCUCAAAUUUAGACCAUUUGAUUGCGAAUGGUUGCAGAUCAUUGGAAAGAGCAUUGUGCAGCGGUCGUUGCCGGUAUUUUAUUUACUCAAUUCCUGGUGAGAUGCCAAAUUGGUUGAGCCACCUUGGAGAAGGAUGUUCAUUGUCAUUCCAUAUACCUCCAGUCUUCCAAGGCUUAGUUGUUUGGUUUGUCUGUUCACUUGAGAAGGAAGAUUAUUAUUACUUACAGACUGACAUUAUUAUUAUUAUAAGAAAUAAAAGCAACGGUAUUCAAUUGUUUGAAGAUGAUCGAACACCAGAAACUGGGGGAUUGAUGAGAUACUUAAGUAGAAGUGAAAUGGCAAUGGAAGAUUACCGUGGAGAUGACGGAUUGGAACUAUACAUAUAUUCAGAGCCAACAAAGAUUAAAGAAUGUGGGGUCCAUGUGAUCGCAAGGAAAUCAGAUUCAUUUGAAGAGUCAGAAGUGGGAAGAGAUACGGUGAUGCCUUCACCACCGCCAUAUCAUCUGCUUCCUCAUCCCCUUUGUGGUUCAAUUACAGCGUCUACACCUAAGCAAUGGAGUGACUAUUUAUUUCCGAAGCUGCAAAAACAUAACCUCCAUUUAAGGCUUGAUGGUAAAAACAAAUAUUUCCUUAUUUUAUUC